GGGAGUCCUUGAUAUGACCAAAGCAUUAAAGGAAAUGCAAAGCAUGGUAUGAUGACUGCUUGCUGAACGAAUGUGGUUGGCAGCUGUGCGUGUUCGGCAUCAGAAUAUAUAGACAUAUAAAUUAUGGACAUGUUGUUGUUUAUAUUUCUGAUAGGAAAGAGCUUUGGCGGAAAUGAAGAAGAUGGAUGAUCAAUACAGAGGUAUGACACUAGAACAUUCACAGUCCGUGCUGGCAGCGCAAACACAGCAGCUCUACCAACUCCAUCAGGAUAUUGAUGAAAUUACCUCUGAAAUUGAAAACCUAAAGUGGCAAGAGAGCAAGUUACGAGAGCGUAAUCAAAAGUUGGAAACGCAAUGUAUCCAAGUCGAGUCGCAGGCAAAGGACGCGAUCCGUAUGAACGCAUUACGUUGUCCUGAAAUCGAGGAUGCAUACCGAAGUUGCCUUGCGGUCACGAACCAGUAUCAGGAAGGUGUUGGCUUGAAAUCCAUUCAAUACUCGGCUGAUUCCAGCUCAUUGAUACUAGAAUAUCUUGUCGUCCCAGGUUCAGCAACUAUUCAGGCUAUAAACUCUUCAUUAUCAUCAUCAUCGGCAACAGGUGUCGUAGUAUCCAAUAAAGGACGGGGAAGCGGGAAGAAUGGCAACAACAACAACAAGGUAAUAAUGACACAGUUCCUGAUCAAGAUCCACCCAAAAAGCGGGAGGUUACUUUCAGCCAGUAUUGAGAAUGCGGGAUGCGAUGUUAAAGAUAUCAUUCAAAUUGCCAAAGCAAGGAACGACAUCUCAUUCUUAGUGGUGGAGACACUUGAUCGAGUUAUGAAGGCUCAUCCAUAGACAGCAAAGGGCCUGCUAUUGCGAGCAAGAAACUUCGGCCUACUCCUUAACCUCUAUAUAAUCUUUAUAAUACCACUUCUGUAGCAUAGUAUUAUUUUGUUAAGCAGGCAGAUUUCUUUUAAAACCACUUAAGCUGGAAGGAUAUGUAUUAAGUAAAUACUUAUUAGCCUACAGACGCUCAUAAUGUC